AUGACAUCCACUAUCCCGCGCACUGCAAGACCACCUCCUCCCACAGGCCCUCUGCCAGCUCUGCCCCUCCCCAAGACUCGCAAACAGUCCGACGACACCUAUGACUCUCCCCCAGAUUCUCGGCGAACCUCCACCGCCUCACAACUCCCCACAUCAACCCCGAAACGGACAGCCAUUCCUUCACGAUCAGUCACCGUAUCUGGACUGCCGACACCAAAGCCCUCCAAGUCCAGUUCCACUCCUUCGAUUCCUACAUUAAGUUCUACUGCAGCAGACACGCCUGGAACCUCUCCUUCACCACCAUUGCCAAGCACCGGCAUCCCGAAGACCUUGCGGAAGACCACUAGCAUUGGUUCCUUCCCACUGCCUCCCAAAGGUGGUCCACGCGUGACCAGUCUUCCCCCCAGUCCGCUUUCCGCAUCUCCGUCAUCCAACGAACAACAGAACUCACGACCGCUGCAAUCCAAGAGCAAACGCGAUUCGUCGAAGCACAGAAGUGCAGAGAGUGGACUGAAGAAGUCCAAGCCGCGCAGUUCUGGCUAUGGCUUGCGUGCUCGCGCUUCCCAAGGAGGCCUCGGAGGUUCUCCCAGUCUCUUGAAUGGGACAGGCGACAGUAACUUGAUCUCCAGUGGUCGCGGGACAAGAGUCUCCGACAGCCUUCUCAGCAUACCGUCACCUCCCGAAAGUCGAAGCUCCUCUGCGAAUGGCUCGUAUCAGACAGAUGCGACCGAGGUUGAGGAUCAUGGCGACCGAGGGAGGUCGCGCAAGACGAGCUCAACGGAGAAGCGAGAGUCUGGAGGCAAGGACAUCAAGGGCAACGUCAUUGUCAGCGUGCGUGUACGACCAGAUGCAGGCAGCGAUGGAGAUCGCCCAGAAGGAGAGUGGCUGGUCGACGGAAGACGUUCACUGAUAUCAUAUCGCGGACGAGAAGGCGGCGACUACCGCUACGACAAUGUCUUCUCGCCCCACGACCAGAACGCCCGAGUAUACGAUAACGCUGCGAAGCGGCUGGUGCGACGGGUGAUGGAAGGCUAUCAUGGUACAGUCUUUGCGUAUGGUAUGACUGGAACGGGCAAGACCUUCUCCAUGCAAGGAACUGCACAACAGCCUGGUGUCAUUCCUUUGGCCAUUACUGAUAUUUUCUCCUAUAUUCGCGAAAACCCCAACCGAGAAUUUCUUUUACGAGUUAGCUACCUGGAAAUUUACAACGAGAAGAUCUACGACUUACUGAAUCAAGCUGUUCCUGGACAGCAGCAAGAAGAAAUCAAACUUCGCGAAGAUAGUAAGCGUGGAGUGUACGCUACACCUUUGAAGGAAGAGAUUGUGCAAUCCCCGAACCAGCUUCUGCGAGUCAUCGCCAGGGGAGAUCUUGCGAGACGAACUGGUAGUACGCAGUUUAACGCACGGUCUUCUCGUUCGCAUGCUGUGGUUCAGAUCGUGGUUGAAUCUCGAGAACGCACUCAAGCUUCAGACGCCAGGCGGCCAGACAAGAUCAUACCUGGUGGAGUGCUGGUGUCCACUCUUUCGCUCAUCGAUCUUGCUGGCUCCGAGAAGGCGGCCGAGAACAAGGAGCGGCGAACGGAAGGUGCGCACAUCAACAAAUCACUUCUCACUCUGGGUACUGUAAUCGCACGACUGUCGGGCGAGGAUGAAAAGGAUGAAAAGGAGGGCGGCGCGAAGCCCGCUGACCGAGAGAAGGCUCUCAAGCACUUACCGUACAGAGACAGCAAGCUCACGAGAUUGCUGCAAGGUGCGCUGUCCGGCAACUCCCUCGUGUCCAUUCUCUGCACCAUUCAGCUUUCUUCGGCCGGCACAAGCGCUGCAUUAGCGAGUUCACACACUGGCGAAACACUCAACACGCUCAAAUUCGCCAGCAGAGCGAAGAACAACAUCGUCAGUCACGCCAAGAAGAACGAAUCCAAUCCAAAUGGUGGCGAUGCAGGGAGCCGAGCGCUUCUUGACCGAUAUCGAAUCGAAAUCCAGGACCUUCGCGCGCAGUUGCAAGAGCAGAACAAGGCGAAGGAAGAAGCGGAGAAGAGGGAAGAAUUGGAGAGAGACCGCCAAGUGGAGCAGCAGCUGGAGAGGGAGGAGCAGGCCAGGCAUGAAGAGCAGAUGCUGGAAAUGCAGCUCGCCCGGACGGCACUCAAAGAGCGCAUCGGCCACCUCAAUCGCUUGAUCCUGUCGUCGAGAUCGAUCGGCGUCAAUUCCGGUCGCUUCUCCAGCUCGAGCCUGCCUUUUAAUCCUCGACUGAGCAGCUUCAGCACGACACAGUCCGAAUAUGGGCGCCCUGUCAGCGCUCGCAGUCGUGACAGCAAUAUUCGGGACAGCAACGCGACUCUCGAACUACCGUCACCUGAAGAACGAGCCGGCCGCACUCUCUCUGGCGGAUGCGUCACCAUGGGGUCCAUUCCUGCUGCACAGGUGUCGCACAUGGUGACCGAAGACGAAGGUGCAGACGACGACGAGAACGAUUCUGGAGGUGCGGAUGGCAACGGUAACGCGAGCUUGGCGCAGCAGGUUCGAAUGCUGCAGGCAGACCUAGCGGAUAAGGACCGGUACAUCCGCACGCUUGAGAAGCGUCUUCUCCAGGCUCGGCGCACCAGUCACAGCCGAGUCAGCGUGCAGUUCGCAUCUCGUGUCGACAUUCCUGAGGAGGGCAGCUUGGAAGCUCUCGUGCGCGAUCGUGAGCGCGAGAUCGAGGAUCUGCGACAGAAGCUGGACGACCAGACUCGUAUGGUGACGGCACUCCGAAGUGCGGCGCGAAAGCGUGAGUUGGCUGAUCGCAGGAAGAGCCACCAGACUGCCACUAGCGAAGAGACUGCUCGACCUCCCACUUCGCACAGCGUUGCCGAUAGCGUGCCUGAGCUGCCAGAUGCUUUCGUGCGGAACUCUUCGCGCAUCUCGAAACACUCCUCACGAGCAGCGUCGGCAAACGACCACUACCGGCUGUCUGGACAUGGCAGCAGUCCUUCGAACGCUAGCCAUUCUAGCAAUGGUGUCGUCAACUUCUCCAAGGCUCCUCUUUCGCCCAUGGCAAUCCUCAGCCCCACUCAUUCUUCCAACAACUCUCGAGAGAGCAACAGCUAUGCCGACAAGGGCAAGGGCAAGGGCAAGGGCAUGCGGGCGACGCGCCGCAAAUCGGUGGAUGAAAUGACACAGCUACUCGACCAGAUGAUCCAGGACAAAGUCGAGAGUGGUCACGUCGUGCGAGGCGAGCGAGGUUCGUUGAGGAUUCGAGAGCGACACGAUACCGUUCUGCAGCAAAUUGCUGAUCAUGGCGAGGAAGCAGCAGACAGUCGUGCGGGUGCGAGCACGAACGCGACGGCCGAGAAUUUAAAGCUUUCCAUCACCACAGCUUGGUGAUUGCAAUUGUUGAUGAGAUCCAUCACAUCAAGGCGUUGCUCGGACUUGACUCUGGUUGGGAGAUCUGAUUGCGUUGAUCGAUAGUGUGCUGCAAGUCAGGGAGGGACGCGCGAGCAUGUGCCUUGUAUGCGCGCGCGCUAAACAUGGUUCAUGGCUUCACGAUGAACGGAUGCAGUGGCACGGCGUUUGGUUUUUGGAAACGCUUGGGAAGAUCUAUUGCCGUCUUUCCCUCAUGGACGCUGUGCCCUGGAUCGUGACGAGCACGAGUAUGAAACUGUUAUUUUCUCUUUCCUGUUGGGAUGGCGACGUACGAAGCGGAGCGGAGCGAGCGAUACCCUUUCGCGGACGGACAAGAUGACUAAUUUUCUUAUUCAUUCUAUUUUGCGUGGAUUCUUCUUUGCAUGUACAAUAAUGGCUUGAGAUGGUCGAUUUGAAUAUUGAGAUAUGGUGGAUGAGC